CUACCGACCGUUCGCCUGUCCCUCGCUGCUACUCCUACAGCAAAUCAUCAGCAAUGGCAGCCUUCAGAGCAUCAAGAGCUCUGCUGAAUGAGAGCAAAAGCUACACCUCACCACACAAGUACCACUAUGUAGAGGGGCGAUCGCCGUUCUGGAGGAAGUUCAGGGAGAUCUUCUCGGCCAACCCGGAGAUCAGCUCCGGUCUGCCUCUUCCUCACAUGCACCGAUUUCCCACACCAGGUGGACGCAAGGAGCACGGAGCUACUGCCCCUUCCCGAGCUUCUGACCCAGCUGGAAACAUGUACUACAACCGAGACUUCCGAAGGAAGUAUCCAGCUCUGGAUAUGAUCACACAGCAACACCUGACCAAGAUCUUGCUCGCUGCUCCUAACGAGGAUGGAACAAAGACUCUUGCUGCCCCAGGAGACGACACGUCCUCGCCCACAACCGCUCUCACCAUUCCCUCGGACCUGUCCUCGCCUUCGGCCUUCACCGAUGUUCUAGCUCAGGUCUCGAAGAAGGACGAGAAUGCCUAUUCGACCAGCAGACUCCCUCCUACACCUCCUUUCAAGAGGCCGCACCACAUCCUGAAGAUUCAGAAGGGGGCUGUGCCGCACGACCCGCACGCUUACUACCCAGCAGAGAACUACGCCUAAGAGCACGGCAUAGAGGAAGGGCAGGCAGGGCAGCGGAUAUGAGCUAUGCUGAUGUGCAGGGGGACAGGCCGGAUGUUCGAAGAACGCAUGUUACCGUCGUCUCUCUCGGUCUGAGCGCCGUCACUAUCUCAAUGUUCAUCCUUUGCUCCCGAACGAAUCUACUUUUAGGAGCACGAUUUCCCGAGCGAGCGGUGGUGGUGCACAGAGGUCACGUAGUUCCGGGUGCGACCAUUCGAGGCCGCGAAUUGAAGGACGCUUGUCCCUUAUCAGCAGAAGGCCAUCGCAGCGAGGGGACUGAGGAUGAUUCAAAGUUGGCCCACGUGCGCGGG